AGAGAGAGAGAGAGAGAGAGAGAGAGAGAGAAUGAAGUUCUUGUUCCAAUGUCCAUGUUGUUCUUGUUUUUGUUUCAUGAAGCCCCAAAAAGGAAAACCAAAAGCCAAAGAAGAAGCAAAACCUAAAGCCAAAGUUGAAGAAGCAAAACCUAAAGAUAAGAAGGUAGAAGAAGAAAAACCAAAAGAGAAAGAAGAAAGCAAGCCACAAUGAAAGAAGAGGCAAUGA